AUGAGUGGUGGUCCGCUCCUCUUGACAUUGUUGCUUGUCUUGAUGGCAACUAUUUCGAACGGUUGCACAGAUAUUUUGGUAACUCCAGGGGCAUCUGCAGAUGGGAGCUCCAUGAUUGGAUAUAAUGCGGAUUCUGUUUCCUUGUACGGAGUGCUCUACCACUACCCUCGCACGGAAGGCCGAGGCGGGCCGGGUGAACUACGGCAAGUGUUCGAUUGGGAUUCUGGUGUUCGAUUUGGAGAAAUCCCAGAAGUCAACAGUACCUAUAACGUUAUUGGCAACAGCAACGAACAUGGUCUGGUGAUUGGCGAAUCGACAUUUGGAGGUGUUCCUGAAUUGGCAGGCCAAAAACAAAUUGAUGCUCUCGGAGCUGUCUUGGAUUACGGAUCACUGAUUUACAUUACUCUUCAGCGAGCCAAGACAGCUGUGGAGGCUAUUCACACAAUCAACGCGCUUCUAGACGCUUACGGAUAUGCCAGUUCUGGGGAAUCCUUCUCCAUCUCGGACAAGUCAGGGGAUGUAUGGAUGAUGGAACUCAUUGGACGUGGAGAUACAUAUAAAAAGCUUGGCGCCGUUUGGGUGGCCCAAAAGAUUCCUGAUGGAUAUGUGGGGGCUCAUGCGAAUCAAGCCAGAACAACCACAUUUCCCCGCGAUGAUCCACAAAACUGCUUGUUUGCAGAAGAUGUGGUUGACGUUGCUGUUCACUAUGGGCUGUACCCGUCCACAGCCGAUCCCUUGAAAUUCAGUUUCUCAGAUACCUACAAUCCUGUACAAUUCACAUCCGCCAGAAUGAGCGAGGCCAGAGUUUGGUCCAUGUUCUCACAAAUCGCGGAAGAAGGCUUUCAGCAACAGUAUCUCGACUACGCGUUGGGAAUCAACAUUACAAAACGCAUGCCUUUGUUCAUCAAACCACGUGCCAAGUUGUCUCUCAUUGAUGUCAUGCAACUCAUGAACAGCCAUUAUGAAGGAACCAAAUUGGACCCUGCAAAGGACAAUGGGGCGGGGAUCUUUGCAUCGCCCUACAGAUCCAGGCCGCUAGUAUGGGAGUACCAGGGAAAGCACUACCACAACGAAAGGACCCUAGCAACUCCGAGAACAGGUUGGUCUUUCAUCGCUCAGCUCCGUCCAUGGAUGCCAGCCGAGUUGUCAGCACUGGUCUGGUUCGCCGCGGACGAUUCGUCUACAUCCCCUCGUGUACCUGUGUUUGGUUCCAACUGGCAAGUAGCAGAACCAUAUGUCGGCAAGGGAACACAAGAUGGAGUUCCUGCUCCGUUGCUCAAGUUGGAUAUGACCAAGGCGUUCUGGGUUCAAAAUAUGGUAUCCAAUUUCUGCUACUACCGCUGGCAGGAUGCAUACCCAGUCGUAAGGGAGAAGAUUGACAACCUUCAAAGGGAUUUGCUGAAGCAGGUGCAAACCUUGGACGACCAGCUCUUGAAAAUAUACAAAACCAAAGGAGCCAAAGAGGCUGUGGAUUUCGCGACUCAGUUCAGUGUUCGUACGGCAAAUGCAGUCCACCAACAAUGGCUUGAGUUUUAUGGAGAGCUGUUUGUCAGGUUUCGUGAUUUCCAUAUCAUCACAGAAAAGAAGGAUGAACCAUCCUGCGGGUGCGAUGCCAAGGAACCUGGGCUAGUUGAUGCUGUGAAAAAGCGCAUCAUUGACGAAACUGGGGAUCACUACGAGAUUCCCUCGAACGGGCAAAUCUUGAACAAAGAGAGUCUGCUCCGCUCGGUUGCAGUGCAGUAG